UGGAAGCAUGUAUUUGCUUUUUCAUUUGGACCCAUCAUUGCCUUGCUAUUGUUCAUCAAUCCUGACAAUUCCUUGCUUGGUUGAACUUGCGCGGCUCAUCUUCCUUGCCGGUUUUAUCCAAGUAAAAACUAUCAACAUGGCGGAUGCUGAUGGAAAUAAACAGCUUCAGACUGACCAAAAUGAGAAGGUCGAAGAACUAAACAAUGACCCAGAAACAGUUGGUCAUAAGGAGCAAACUUCCAUGCCUUCAUCUGAAGAUGAGGAAGCAGCAAUAAAAAAAAAGUAUGGAGGAAUUCUGCCCAAAAAGCCUCAACUCAUUUCAAAGGAUCAUGAACGUGCUUAUUUUGAUUCUGCUGACUGGGCUUUAGGCAAGCAAGGAGUAAAGCCAAAAGGACCUCUUGAGGCGCUCAGGCCAAAAUUGCAGCCCACACCUCAACAGCAAGCACGUUCAAGGAGAUCAGCUUAUGCAUCCGCUGAUGGUGAAGGUAUUUAUUGGCUGGAGCUUCCAAUUUAUCUUAUUGGCCCUGCAGAUAUUGAUUUUUUUGUUCCUCUCUCCCUCCCUCUCUCUCCCUCUCUCUCCCUCUCUCGGUUUUCUUAGAAGGUGGAAAUGCUGGUUUAGAAGAUGCAAACAGCCUAUAGUUGAAGCACCAUUGUUGUUACUUUUUAUGAGCUAUUCUUUUUUUGGCAGCUCUCGGAAUUUCCCGCAUAUUGAGAUGUAUUUUGGUGAUUCCGUGGUUUCCAUGAAUAAGUUCGAAGCUAAAUCUCUGUUUUUUGGUUUUGGUAUUGGAAAGAAAUGGUUGCAGCAUGCAGUGGCUAAGACUUUUAGUAGCAGAAGUCACGUAUGUGCUAUUUAUUAUUCUCAUUGAAAACGUUGCAUUGCUUUCUGGAAUGGAUGAUAAGAUUUGUGUCUUCCUUUUCAAUCAUCUUCGUGGAAUUUAUUGAUGUUUAGCCGUAUGUGCUGUUGUUUCUCACUAUAAGAUCCUGAUUUACCCCAGGUAUCAUCGUUUGAAUUGAAAAUCUUGUUGUAAGGCUUUGUGGAAUAGAGUGCUCACGAAGUGUAAUGUAAGGCUUGACCUUUAUAAACUAAACAUGGUGGGAGAU